CAUGUUCUUCGUUUUCAAUCUGAAAUGUCGACAGAGUAAUAACAUAUUAAAUUCGACACUGAAAAUACUCUACUCGGGUUCCCUUUGCUUAGCAUUUGGAUAAUCAAGAACAAAGAAAGGGACUCCAUUUCCAUUUCCAUUUCCACAUCUCUGCAAGUUACUUUGUCUCUUUCUCUCAUCUACUCAUCACAAUAUGCCUCCCAAUCCCACGCUUUCCCUUCUUUCUUACUUUCCCAAAUCUUCUUCCCUCUUAUAAUAAUGUUGCAUUAAUCUCAAAUCUGUGUUUAUGGGAUCCUUCUAGAUCUGGGUUGUCUGAAUCUUUGCCCCUUCUCGCCUUUUUCCAUGGAGUAAGAAUCGGCGUUCGCUUGGAGGGAUGGGAUCCAGUGGAAGUAAAUCAUCGAGAAGUUCGCCGCCGUCGUCGCCGUCCCCGUCGCCGUCGGCUCCCUCUUGUUCUGGGAGAGUCCGGAGGAGGAGAUCCAAGCGCCAUAGAGUUUUCAGGUCUGCUUGCCUUGGCACGUCCUCUGGAUCGCACCACAGCGACAAUGACGAUAAUGACUGUGAAAGUGAGAACAAAAAAAAUACCCAUGAUUAUUCAUCUGCAAAUCAGACUGCUCAAGCGUUAGAUCAGAUGAAAAUCGAUGGUUACAGAAGGAUCAAAGCUGAGGAACCUGUUGAAUUGCCUUGCAUAUCAUCAAAUGUUGAGCUUGAUGAAUGGGAUCGAGGUAGUGUUGCAGUUACAGCCCCCAGAGCAGGAAGUACCUCUGCCCGUGCAUCGUCCCUUCAAUCGUUGAACUCUUCAAGUAACUUCCUUUCUCGCUUUAGUUUCAUUCCCGGUAAUGUAAGCUUCAGACUUAGUAGAGCAACCAGUUUAGGAUCAUCUAGAUCUUAUCCUGUGUCUUCAACAAGUCUCUCAAUGUUGAAUAAUGAAGAUGAGCUUCAUUUAUCGGACAGACCUGCUAGAGGUGGCGUGGAUGAUCAGGAUGAAACUCAGCAAGGUAGCGACUUGCUUCCGGCAUCUCUGGCUAGUGCAACUUGUUUUCAAUUUUGUGGAGAUAAUUCUGCUAAUUUUAGGUUAGAUACACAACCUUCUGGUCUUUCUGACAACUUACAAGACAAUCAGACAGUUUCUUCUACCCAUGACAUAGCUACUGAUUGUGAUGAUGCAAGAGUAGAGCCUGAUGGAAACCUUUCCCAUCCAAGGAUUCUUUCUGAAAAUGAAAGCAGUUUGAUUAGACAAUUCGACAGACGAACUGGAUCUAGGGAACCAGUUGAACGCAAUUUUCGUUUCAGUCGGACCCUUAGUGUUGGAAGACUUCGUGAUAGAGUUCUUCGAAGAUCAUCGUUAUCUGACUUCACAUUUUGUCCUCCGCAGCAAGAGGAUGAGGAGAGAGAUGUAAGUCAGACUGGUGAUGACCGACAUGUCCAGACUGCCGAGACAAGGGCUUUUUCGUCUGAAAAUAAUGCUAUGACCUCUCCAACAACGUCGGGUUAUCCAGCUUCUAGUCUAUCUAGUUCCUUAUUUAGCACCCAAGAUUAUGAAAUGGAAACUACCAGACCUAGAGAAGCUAGAUAUCACGAUUUGCUGGAACACAGGUCAAAUUUCCUUGAACGGAGGAGAAGAAUUCGUUCCCAGGUUCGUGCCCUACAGCGGUUGGGAAGUCGUUUUGAGAACCUAUCUGGGCAUGAGAGAUCAUGUAUCUUAUCUGGUCAACAUAGAACCGGCCAUUGUACUUGUCGUAUCAAUAAUCGUGACACAAAUAUAAAUGACAACACCAGCGCUAGAGCUAGUAUAUCAAGAAUUGUAAUGUUAGCUGAAGCCUUAUUUGAGGUUCUGGAUGAAAUUCACCAGCAAUCUGUGGUUUUGUCCUCUCGUCCCGCAUCUUCAAUUGGCUCUAUGCCUGCACCAAACGAUGUUGUAGAUUCUUUGCCUGUUAAAUUUUAUUCCAAGUUGCAAAAGCAUCAAAGCGAGGAAGUUGCCCAAUGCUACAUAUGCCUGGUCGAGUAUGAGGAAGGAGAUAACAUGAGAGUGUUGCCUUGCCAUCACGAAUUUCAUGCAUCAUGUGUCGACAAGUGGUUGAAGGAGAUCCACAGGGUAUGCCCGCUCUGUCGAGGGGACAUAUGCAGCAGAUCUGAUGCAUUAUCGGACGAUGUCAAGUGAAAUUGACUCAUUUUCAAAACCUCUGCUCUGUCUGGAUUCUUGGAAAUCUUUAAUGAUUCUUUUUGGUUGGCUGAGCAAGAAAGUUUGAAAAUGAUGCUGGAAUUCAGGUUUUUGUUCUAUAAUUUGUGAUGCUUUUAUAAGUAUCAACUUGCUGGAGUGUUGUAAUGGAAAUGGAAAUGGAAAUGGAGACCCAAUCACUUGAGAAAA